UUUAUUUGUUUAUGUUGAUGUAUAUUCUUUAUUUUGAUACAUAUUUUCUAAGUAUUUCUUAUUGUUUAUAUAUAUAUACAGCCAUACCCGCACACCUAAGUUUUUUGAAAAUGGUCAGUACUUGUAUCCGCAGCGGCACCCGUACCCGUACCUAUGUGACAUAACAUAUAGCUGGUACACACAGCGAUGUGGCUCAAUGCAACGGCCCCCGAGAGAACCCAUUGCCAGCCUAUGUAAGGCACCAAUGUUUGAAGCUUAUUAAUGCCGUGAAAGCAAGCAGGAUUGAAAAGGAAAUGCAAGAUGCAGAUGUAGGAUAUGGGGACCCAUAUGAAGAGGAAGGAAGCGAAGGUGAUGAUGUUGAGCUCGAAGAAGAAGUUGUUGGUGUCAGUUUGGGAACAACUAAAGGGAAAGACAUCAUGCAUACAGGUGGUUCUUCUUCAACUGCAACAAAAAAAAAGAAGAGGUGCGAGUACAGUUUUACGAGGACGUGGUAGGAGUGGGGGUCGUACUGGUGGUGGUAGAGUACCUACUAUGAAGUCGAGUAAUAUGUUUGGUUCGAUCAAGAAUUUUUUCCCCAAUUAUAUUGCUGUUGGUUCUCAACCUGAGACUCGUACAACCAUGUGUUCAAAGGAUAUUGUUGAAGCAGUAGAUGAAACCAUAGGAAGGUGGUUCUAUGGCGCAUCCAUUCCCUUCAAUGCAGCAAACUCUUUUCAUUUUCAGGCUAUAGUAGAUGCGAUUGCUACUGUAAGUCGAGGGUAUAAAAUGCCAUCUUUUCAUAAAUUGCGAGGUAAAAUUCUCAAUAAUGUAGUUAGAGAUGUCAAGGCAUAUUAUGAUGAAUUGAAAUUGAGCUGGAAACAGACAAGAUGCAGUGUAAUGGCUGAUGGGUGGACAAACAUCAAGAACAGAACAUUGGUAAACUUCCUUGUAUAUUGCCCCUUUGGUACAAUGUUCUUAAAAUCUGUUGUUUUCUCUGAUACUCCUAAGACUGCUGAUGUUUUGUUUGAGGUUUUUGAUAAAGUUAUACAAGAAGUUGGGCCUCAAAAUGUCGUGCAAUUUAUCACUGAUAAUGCAGCAAAUUAUAAAGCUAUAGGUGAAAUGUUAGCAGCACGAUAUAGGACAUUUUAUUGGAGCCCAUGUGCUGCUCACUGUGUAAAUCUAAUGCUUUAAGAUCUUGGUGAAAGAGAUGGUAUGAAGUUUACAGUUCAAAGGUGCCAAGAAAUCACGAAGUUUAUUUAUAAUCAUGCUUAUGUCUUGAAUUUGAUGAGGAAAUUCACAAAUGGGGCUGAAUUGAUUCGACCUGCACAAACACGGUUUGCUACAAUUGUUUUGAUUGUGCAUGGUAUAGUCAAGCAAAGAAAUCCUCUCAGGCAGAUGUUUUCAAGUGAUGAUUGGGCUGCAUAUCCACAUGUCUAAAAGAAAGGCUACGACAGUUGUAGAUACCAUAUUCAAUGCUGACUUUUGGGAAUCAUGUGUGAAUUUAUUGAAGAUUUGUGUACCUCUAGUGAAAGUCCUUAGAUUAAUUGAUAGUGAAGAUAGACCUUCUAUUGGAUAUUUAUAGAGGCCAUGGACAGAGCAAAGGAGGCUAUUAGAGAUAAUAUGAAGGGAAAAAAGAAGUUGUACAUGCCUAUAUGAAAGAUUAUAGAUGAAAGGUGGUCUGAACAACUUCAUCGCCCACUUCAUGCAGCAGCCUACUACCUAAAUCCUGCUAUUAGAUUUCUUCUCAAUUUUAAGAAGGACAGAGAGGUCGAGUAUGACAUAUUGGAUUGUAUUGAGGUAUUAGUAAGUGAUUAUAAAGAACAAGAAGCUAUCCAUAUGUCGAUCAACAAAUAUGAUACUAGUUCUGGUACCAUGGGGAGAGACACAACAAUGAGAUGCAGAUCAUCUAUGUGUCCAGAUUUGUGGUGGGACAGGUUUGGGGUUGAUUGCCUAAAAUUAAAGAAGCUUGCAAUUAGAAUCCUCAGUCAAACAUGUAGUGUAACUAGAUGUAAAAGAAAUUGGAGUGUAUUUCAGCACAUCCACAGUAAGAAGAGGAAUAAGCUGAAACAUAAAAGGUUGAAUGAUCUUGUUUACGUUCGUUAUAAUAUGAAGUUAUAAUAUGAAGUUGAGACGAAGGUAAACAUUUGUUAUGCAAAAUAGUAAAUUUUAAUAUAUAUUUUAAUUUCUAACAAUUUGUC